AGCACCCACAGCCAAUCUGAGCCUGUGACUAAAGCGCCAUCUCUCCGGCUCACACUCCAGGCUGCUGCGUUUACUCGCUGGCUCUGCAGGGCGCUAAAAGCCACCUCUGCAUUUAAAGCAGAGGGUUUCUUUUUCUCUCUCUCGUCGGAUAUCGCCCUGCAGGAAUCAGCCAAAUACACGGAAAUCAAACUACCGUGCAUGAAAUAUACAGUAGAUGUAUUCUUUUGGAUUACAGACACUUUGAAGCCUGUUCGCCAAAGGUGGGAUGCUAGAAGAGAAUACUGGAGGAGGGGAGACGAUAGAUUAACAGAUUGUUCAAAGAAAAGAAAAAAGAAAACGGAAGGGAUAUAAAAGCACCGCCAUCGAUUUCCGGAGCUUCUCUACAACAAACACCUGACCUCGACCUACUCGGACGAUUUGGGAGAGAUAAAAAAAAAACUGGUUGUUGAAAUGGAGAUGUCGAGAUUUUCUCUCAUCAUCCCGUCUCCUCCUCCAGCACGCGUGCUGCUGAGGCUGCUGAUGAUGAUGAUGUUUGCGUAGGAGUGUUGUAUUUUUGCGGACGGCGUCGGUACACCAGUCUCUCUACUGUUCAAACAACUCCAGACAAGCGCUGGAUGGAACUGCCUGCUCCGAACACAUCUCUCAAGAAAUACUAUUUUAAUUAAUAUUGAAAACCGGCUUGUUUCCCCCUCUCUCUCUCUCUCUCUCUCUCUCUCUCUUUGGAGUGUUUUUCUCAUGUCUUUCUGUGAGUCUGGGAUGUUUUGCAAGCGGAUGAAACGGAUUGUGUCUGGAAAAGUAGUCUAAAGGCAAAGAUUAAGAAAAAAAAAGCGAGUUUUGUAUUUUCUUUUUCCGUUUUUUUGUUAAAUUAACUGUUAAAAUAGGUCUAAGACUAAUCUGACCUUGUUUUUACGCGUGUGUUUUUCUGAUCACUUUAUCAACACUGAGGGCUUUUCCCCCCCUCAAUAUUGCUCUCAAUAUUCAGUGACUGAGCUUGAAACAAACUACAACCAGCAGAGGUCGAGACCUGAGCUCCAAGGAGCCACCAGUACCCUAGAUGUGACCCUGUGAAUUUCUCUUAUCUCUGAAGGGUGUUGAUGGAGAGCCUUUCGAAUGACAGCCGGGACAGUGGUCAUCACUGGUGGAAUCCUUGCUACAGUUAUAUUACUCCUUAUCAUUGCUGUACUGUGCUACUGUAGGCUGCAGUAUUAUUGCUGCAAAAAAGAAGAGUCAGAGUCGGAGGAGGAGGAGCCAGACUUUGCUGUUACGUCCCGCCUCCCACCAGUCCACUCUAAUCACAACAUUGUGGCGGCAACAGCCGCCGCCUCCUCCAUCCCAAAUGGCCCGGCCCUUUUCUCCACCCCCCCUCUGGCCCGGAAACUAACACGUUCACAGACCUUCUGUCCGUCUUGUACGCACUAUGAGAUGCCUUUCUACCUCCAGCCGCCUCAGCCGCAGAUCCACCAUCAGCCAGAUGGGUUGAGGAAUGGAGGAGACCGGAUCAGCUACCGCAGCGUACAGCAGCAGGACCUGGAGCUGCCUGUGCCUGUGAACAUUUCAAACUACCGGAAACCAAACCUGGCCCGGUCAGUCACCAUGAGGGACAUGUUCCAACGCAGCUGUAGCAUCAGCACUGAUGUUUAGCUGGUGUAAGUUUGUUCUUCAAUGAAACGAGAUGGCCUAGGCUGGACUGGGCUUAAGUCUGAUUGUUUUUUGUCAUCUUGACCAGUGUAGUCCAGUCUAGUGUUGUCUGAUCCAGUCUGGUCUCGUUCUACUGGUCACCUCCUGCAGAAUGAAGGACUCAGAUUGCUCUCAGGACAGGAUUUUUAAAGGUACUAUGCUCAGGUCCAGGACCUUACACUUGGGCCAAUAUGAAGUUUAAAGUAUAAAACAAUGGUAAAUUAACCCAAACAAGAACUACUUGCUUUGGCUUGUUUUGAAUAGUUAUUUUUUUAACUUCAAGAAUGGCUUUUCUUUUAUGAUUUGAUUUGUUCAGUCCUGAUUCAUCUAAACUCUUCUACCCAUGGCCUGAAUGCUAGACAAAUUCCUGCCAUGUCCAGGGAUUUUCUGUCUGCCAUAGCUGCUACACAAAAAUAUGAUUAGAUGAAGUCCAGUGGUUCUCCCUCCCAUGAUGGGAUGAUCUGUCUGUUCCUCUGUCCACAGAUUAGAGAGAUUAUAAAAUAUCAAUCUCCGCCAGUGGAACAACGCUAGAAUAGGAGGGCAAUGUGGUGUUUAAGCUGCCAGCCACAGACAUUUUAGACUUAACUUAACUUAGGCCAUGAUAUUUAGAAAUAAAGGGCUCUCAGAAGAUGGAAAUCCCUUCUUGUUUUCUACAUUCUUUCAUAGAGGGCUUCAGUUUGACGGGAGGCUACUUUCUCUAAUACACCAUACUACACUUCUGCAGAAAAAGACCUCUGUGUGUUUUUGCAGGCUAGGUGCCAAAGGGGACAGGUUCUUGCAUUUUUGUGAGAUUGUGUGACUGUGCUUGCAUGUGUGUGUGUGU